CAUGUGCCUGGCUGGGUGCACACCCCGCACGGCGGCGGCGCCAGGACGCGGAGCGCUCCCCAGAGCCCAGCUGCCUCGCUCGGCUCUGGCGACCGCGACCAUGUUCCAGCCCACAGCCAAACGCGGCUUUACCAUCGAGUCCUUGGUAGCCAAGGACGGCGGCACCGGCGGGGGCACUGGCGGCGGGGGCGCCGGCUCCCAUCCCCUGGCGGCGGCCGCCUCGGAGGAGCCACUCCGGCCCACGGCGCUCAAUUACCCUCACCCCGGCGCGGCCGAGGCGGCCUUCGUGAGCGGCUUCCCCGCUGCCGCCGCCGCCGCCGCCGCCGCGGGCGCCGGCCGCUCGCUCUACGGUGGGCCCGAGCUUGUGUUCCCUGAGGCCAUGAACCACCCCGCGCUGACCGUGCACCCGGCGCACCAGCUGGGCGCCUCCCCGCUGCAGCCCCCGCACUCCUUCUUCGGCGCCCAGCACCGGGACCCUCUGCACUUCUACCCCUGGGUCCUGCGGAACCGCUUCUUCGGCCACCGCUUCCAGGCGAGCGACGUGCCCCAGGACGGGCUGCUUCUGCACGGCCCCUUCGCUCGCAAGCCCAAGCGGAUCCGCACGGCCUUCUCGCCCUCGCAGCUCCUGCGGCUGGAGCGCGCCUUCGAGAAGAACCACUACGUGGUGGGCGCCGAGCGGAAGCAGCUGGCCGGCAGCCUCAGCCUCUCCGAGACGCAGGUGAAGGUGUGGUUCCAGAACCGGAGGACAAAGUACAAGCGGCAGAAGCUGGAGGAAGAGGGGCCUGAGUCUGAGCAGAAGAAGAAGGGCUCCCACCACAUCAACCGGUGGCGCAUCGCCACGAAGCAGGCCAACGGGGAGGACAUCGAUGUCACCUCCAAUGACUAGGGGGGGCAGCCACGGAUCCAUGAGGGCAGAGCAUCUGCUCGCUGCUGGCCAGGCCCCCGGGUGGGCCCAGCUGGACUCUGGCCGCUCCCCCGCCAGGCUUCGGGGAGGCCUCGAGUCACGGCCUCACAGGGCUUGGAGCCUGGGGCUACCACUGCCAGAGGGACAAGAAAUGGGCUGGCUGAGGCCUAGGACUGCUCAACCUUCUCCUCGGAGAGCCUGCCUGCCUGGGCGGGCCGCCAGCCACUGCAGCCUCCCAGCCAUUCUCCAUUUCUCUUAUCUCCUGUUUGUUUUGAUGCGUUUCUGUUUUAAUUUAUUUUCCAGGCACCCGCUGUAGUUCUUAGUGAUCCCCUUGUAUCUCCCUUCCCUAUGGGAAUAAUAAAAGUCUCUCUCUUAAUGA